GGACCGUCAUGCGUAGAACGUCAUGUUGUAUACUCUAUUUUUUCUUUAUAUUCUCUCCCUCGCAUGGGCUAAAGAUGCGAUUCCCCAAUACAUCCCCCAACUGGACACAGUAACCCAAGUCUUCGUCACUAACAUCACCAUCGUUGACCCUGCCGAGUCACGCCAACAAGAAGAAUAUUCCCGUCUCCAGCAUCGCCUUCAACGAUCUACUGGGGCAUGGGAUACAUCACACCCCCGCCAUAGACUACUCACAGCUCUACACGCCUUCCAUCGCUAUAAAGAGCGCAAUCUAGUCGAGACGAAACGAUGGCGCGAUUGGUACAAGAAAAUCCCGAAGCGACAGCGCGCGAGGGUCGAAUCCACGGUUAAAUAUACGCGCAAACUAAAUACAGUGGAUCAUCUCUUUGAAUCAAAUGAGCGUUUGGCGUAUGAUAUUGUCAAGCAUGGGAUGGGCUUUUACAAUAUCCCCCAACGGGAAUUAGAUGAGUUCAUCAAACAGAACGAGAAACCGGGCAUCAACACCGACCGGACGAGCGUUUCACAGGCAAUGAAGCAUUUCGUUCGCGACUGGGCCGAUGAAGGACAUGACGAGCGACAGAAGGCGUUCCCAUGCGUUCUUGGGACUCUUGCAAAUAUGUCGAGAACAGUGGAGCAGCAACUGCGAGUAUUACUGCCUGGUGGUGGAUUGGGACGGUUGGCGCAUGAGGUUGAUGGUCUAGGAGGAUUUGAGGUGACCAUGAACGAGUGGUCCAUGUAUAUGAAUCUCGCAUACAGGUAUCUCGCCGGGCGUUCAGAUACGAACAGUAACUCCUUCCACCCGUACAUCGAUUGGUGGUCGCAUCACGCGACGACCGCUGACCUCCAACGCUCGGUCUCAUUUCCGAAUCGGUUGGCAAGUCGCUCUGUUGUCUUGGUAGAAGGCGAUUUCACAACGGUAUUUGCAGAGGACACUGGAAAGUACGAUGUGAUAGUCACGUUAUUCUUCAUUGAUACCGCGCGGAACCUGGUUUCCUAUCUGGAGAACAUCCAUCGCUUACUCCGACCCGGAGGUCAGUGGGUCAAUCUAGGCCCGUUGUUAUAUGGAAGUGCGCCGUUUUUGCAGUUGUCGUUAGAUGAAAUUCUGGCUCUUAGUGAGGAUAUUGGGUUUGUGUUCCAGGAGACGGAUGCGUCUUGUGGGGAUAUUACGAUCCCUGGGAUGGCAGCUCGUGGCAAGGAAGUGGCUUAUGCGCAGAACAAGAAGGGGCUGAGCAAGAAUGCAUAUCAGGCACAAUUCUGGGUGGCUAAGAAGAGUUAAUCGCAUACUUCCUAGCGGGAGGACAGAGCGGGUGUAUCAUAGGCAUAUACACUGAACACGCAAGUCAUUUGCUGAAGGUGCAGUCUAGAGACCAAGUCAAGCCCUAUCUCAUGCAGAGUCACUGUCCAAAGGGAAUUACCUGGCCCGAACAGACCAACAGGGCAAAGGGAAUGGUGUUAGAUUAUGAGUGGUUACUUACAGAAUCGCCUUUGUGAGCAGGCCUCAAGAACUAUGGGAAUCUCCUUAGAAGCUGUUUCGCGCUCUCUGG